AUGGCGUUAGAAUUACCGGAUGUUCCUCCUAUGGAAGAUGUGUUCCGGAAUUUAGAAAUUCCACCAAAUUCGCAUUUAAUUACAGAAGAACCAUAUACUUCCGUUAUAGGACGUUUGAUGCAAGAUGAAAUGAAUUUCGGGAUACUAUCCGAACAUGAUAUGGAACAAUACGUAGCCAGACCAGAGCUAUCCUUAAACGAAAUACGAAGAUUUCCUUGGGAUCAAUCGGCAGAAAUUCAUGAGGAAUCGGUGCAAGUUCCUUUUGUUGAUGUUAACAGAUUUGAGAUUGAGACAAUUGAAACUGAAAGAGAAACACGAGUAGCAUCCGCUGAAAAUGAUCAACAGAAAUCCUUUGUCGUUCCUAGAGGCUCGGAUGUUAAAAAGUCUGCGAAUUCUAGGAAAAGAACUUUAAUAUCUCCAACAGAAAUUCCUGCGAAAAGAAGCAAAAUAAGUCCUGCAGAAGAUUUACCACCUCCGCUUCCAAUAGAACCACCACCACCACCGAUAGACGAACCUCCAUCUGCACCUGAAUUACCAUUUCAAUUACAGCAAGGUUUAUCAGUUCUUGAAAAUAUAGAAUUAAUUGAAGUAGUAAAGCCAAAAAAGACAAGAAAAUGUUUCGAUGAACGAACUCAACUGUCUGGUAGCGUCAUGCGAAAAUAUAUCAGAAAUGUUUUCGUUCAUACAAGACCUCUUUGGAGAGAAAGGUCUACGUCUAUUUUACUACAAGGAACUGAAUAUCUAAGACAACCAUCAACGAAAAUUGCCAAUAAAUCGUGGGGAAAAACAUUAAAUAAAUUGUUCAGUAGUUGUCUUACGAAACCAUUGGCGCAAACGGUUCAAAACGAUUUUCAAGAUGUUCUUGAUUUUGAAAUUGAACAGACAACAGCUGGAGAAACUAUUCGUGUGGGCGCUUUAAGUAGACUACCGGAUCAGACAGAUGAAUUAUCAUCAAGAAAGCUUAUGUUUACUGCACCUGAAAUUACUUAUCAAUCUAAAACAUUAGAAAAAAUCCUCCAAACAGAAAAUCUCGUAGCAGGGGAAGAAGAAGAGCCUCCUGAAGAGCAAAGAAAAGAAACAAAGAAGUUUGAAGAACCUCUAAUUGAACUUCCUGAAAUUACAGGUUUUGAAGAAAAAAUUGGAGAAAGGACAAUAACAGAAAAAUCAUCUGAUGGGAGAAAUGCAAAAUCCAGUUCUUCCUCCGUGUCAGUUAUUUUUGCUUCAUACUGUUACAAAUACAUGAAUCUAAUACAUAUUACCAACAGUUAAUUGAACAUUUUAUAAAAAUUGUUUUCUUGUUGUAGUUCAAAGACACAUUUAAACAAAAAAGAGUUAUUAGCAUUAAUGGAAACUCAUUGGAGUGAAAGGACAUUCAUAAAAUUUCAUGAUGUAAUUUCACCAGAGAGUUGUAAUAAAUUUGAUGCUGCAUCCACCUUUGUACAAUGUUUAGGUAAAUUUAAAUUAAUUAAUAUAAUUUUAUUAUCUUUUACUCUCUAUUGUUAUGUCUUCACUUAAAUUUGAACGUACAGAAGAUUCUCAAUGAUGAUUGACAUAUAUUUCAAAUAUUUAGAACUCCAUGCAAAGAAAAAGAUAAUUCUGAAACAGGCUGAAUCUUUUGAUACAAUUUGGAUACAGAAAUACCCUUAUUAUACUUCAGAAAGUGGUAACAGCACUGCUGCAGCAUCAUGAUUAACUCUUCAUAAUUAACCAUAUAAAAAUAUACUACUUAUUAAAAUAUUUAUUAUACAAAUUUAUUUUUAUCAAACAAAUAUAUAAUAAACUGCGUAUCAUAUUAUGUAUUUAAUAUAUGAUACACAUAUAAUACAAGCUACAAAUUGUUUUUAAAGUACAAUCAAUCUACUUGAAUUAUUCUGUCAUAUAGUAUGUUUACAACAUAAAUACCAUUGCAGUAAUAAAGCUUUUCUUUGAUAAAUUGUCUUUAUAUAAAAGUAUAUUCUUUCUCAUAUCAUAGAGAGUAGUACCUGCUAUGUUUACAAUAUUGUGCAAAAUUAAUUAUAUUAAUAAUUAUUAUCAAUAAUUAUUAAUAAUUGUUAAUAACAAUUAAUAGUGCUUUCUUUUUAUUCUACAGAAAUCUAAUCUUAUAAUAUAACAAAUGAGUUUUGAUUAUAUUAAAAGCUUAUUUUGUUCAUGAAUAUAUAGCAAGUAAACUCUUUUUAUUCAAGCAAUUUGUGUUGAACAUUCUAACGUGUUCAUUAUUUAUAGGUACUUGUUACAGAGAUAAGAAAGAUAUAUAAGGUGUUUCAGGUGGAGUUUGCAAUUAAUUUCCAUACUAUAGCUCGUUUAAAAAAAUGUUUCAAAUAAAACUUACCUUAUUUCGGAAGGGACCAGGGGUGAUCACAAAUCUUCUCUAGGUGGACGUGUUUCCGAGAUUUUAAGGAGAUCUUUGUUUUUUUUAUACGGAACUGUAUUUUUUUAUUUAAGGAGGUGUGUAGCUCAUUUCGUGACGAAUUCAUCGACUCAUAAUAUGUUGGUACUCGAAGGUCAUUCAUUGCCUUUCAAAAACUUACUUUCUUCGAACGUUCUCAGGAUUUGAUUUACUGAAGUAUUGCAUCGAUUCAGAUGGUAAACAUGAAUCGAAAUUAUACAAAUGAUGCGAUUUAUCGUUAUUCGUAUUUGUUUUUGUUUAUUAAUAACUAUAAUUUGCUACUAGACAGAUAUCCUCAGUUUGUAUGAUAGUUGCUUCGAAGGAAUCAUUAUUGCAAAUAGUAUUAAGGUGUACUUUCUUCCGGUAACGAUUUAAUUUACGACGGUUCAUUAUACGCAAUAAUAAACUCGCAAUAAAUUCGCAAUAAUUUCGCAAUAAGAUUGCCGAUAUGCCUCUAAUUUUGGAAGAAUGUGAGGAAUUUGGAAGAAUUAGUUCUGUCACUUUCGAGAAGGUGCAGCUAUCAUAUAGAAAUAGAGUAAAUAAUUGUACUGACUACAAAAGUCAUCCUUUUGAAUACAUAAGAAACAAUUUCUGGACGUUCAACAACAGUAUGUUUUGAACGGCAAUAAAUGACCUUCAAACAUCAAUAUAUUAUAGUUCGAUAAAUUCAUCCCGGAACGGGUUACAUGCCUAUCUAAAUAAAAACA